GGACAUCACACCGUGUUAUACGCGACGGAGGAAAUAACCCAUCAUUAUCGUAGUAGCGGGAAGCAGACAGAUCCGCCUGGGCGAACAGUGGCCAACAAGUGAGUCGCCCCGCUUUCCUUCUCGCCCGUAGACGCUAACCCUAGUCCUCGUCAUCUACCUGGUUAUCCUCGAUUCUGCGACGCCAGCUUUUACGUCGGCCGCUCCGAGGAUCCCAGUUUCACCUAUGUCCUCCUCUCGCCCUUCGGUGUCCGUCUUCGGGUUCUGUUUCGCUUCUGGAUAGGAAGACAAAAGGACGUAGUACUUUGAUCGGUUAAAGUUGGCAUCUUUCUUAUGGAGGGCUUGGGAGGCCUGGGAUUCGGUGGUUCGAAUACUGUGAUGAAGAAGCCGAGGAGUGCUACCUUGAGGCGGCCUCGGCUUGAGGCACAGCUGGUUUCAGAAUCUUAUGAUAAUUUGAGGAGGCUCUCUCCUGUUGAUGAUGGAUGCAGCGAAUCCAGCACCAGAAGGAAAGAAUAUUAUCUCAACAACCCUCCUCCAAAGAGUUCAUCUGUCAAUAUAGCUUCUUCAAAGAAGAUCAAGCAAAGUGAUAAGGUGUUUGGAGGGGUUGAUGGGAUGCAUUAUGGCAGUUCACGAGGUGGACAUGGCUUUGACUCGAAACGCCACAGUAAAGGUGUCCUGGUCCCAGCGAAGUGGAGAAGCACAGACAAGGUUAAAGAAGAUACUGAGGAGCGAUCAAAAUCCCUGGAUGCCAAUGUAGGAAAGAGUGAUGUGAGUUAUAAUUUGCAGCAGCCAGAAGCGGUUUCUAAUGUGAUGGCUGAAAACAAGCCAAGGAAGGUGAAGCUCAAGGUUGGUGGAGUUACACACACAAUAAUUGAGACAGAUGAAGGUGGAUCUUCUUCUGCAAAACAUCCACGUUCCUUGGAUGCAUCUCACCAUCGUCUCAAGCUUAUUGACCCGUUUCAGAGUUUCUCUGAUGGUCAAUCUCUACCGGAGAGGGGGAAUGGCUCACAAGGAGAUCAGAGGAAGGAAUCCAGUGGAUCGAGCGUUUCUCGUGGGAUGAAGGAGGAUUCUACGGGAACAGUGGCUGAAGAAAGCUUAGUUGGAAAGCAAUCAGACAAGUUUCAUAUGAGUGCCUCUUUUGAGCCCACUCGUAAGAGUAAAAGGGUCCCAAAGAGGCGAAUGUUUGAUAAUGAGGAGGAAGAUGAUGAGAUUCGUUACCUUGAAAAAGUUAAAACUUCUAAGGCUUCUGCAGUUGAUUCUGCGGAAAUUGAGGAUAACAGCGAGAACAGUGUCAAGAAAAGGAAAAUAUCCAAGCUUCCUAGCAACAGAAAUACUGUUAAUGAGAUGGAUGAAGACUAUGUUGUUUCUCAAUCAAUCAAAGAGAAUACUAGGAACUUAAGACCAGGAGGAAAGGAAGAUGAUGAUACAGACUAUGUUGAAGAGGAAGAACCUGGUUCUGAUGGUGAGCCUGAGAUCAAGAGAAGAAAACAGAAGGAAUCUAGUGGCUUACAAGCUGAUAUUAAGACUGAGCCUCUUACUACACGUCAACGGGCACUUCAAUCAGGAAAAGGAGGCAGUGGUGAAAGUUUCAUCGAGUUCCCAAAUGGGCUACCAUCUGCACCCUCUAGAAAACAAAGGGAGACGUUAUCUGAAGUGGAGAUACAAGCAAAGAGAGCAGAGGCUGCUCAAAGACGGAAAAUGCAAGUAGAGAAGCAAGCUAGAGAAUCUGAGGCUGAGGCAAUAAGGAAAAUAUUAGGUCAAGGUUCUGACAAGAAAAAAGAAGAAAAAAAGCAGAAAGAACUCGAAGAGAAGGCAAAGUUGGCUAAGUCACAACCUUUAAGUCCGAGCACCAUUAGAUGGGUCAGGGGACCCUUUGGCACAGUUGUUACUUUUGCUGAUGAUGUAGGUCUUCCAAGUAUAUUUGACUCCAAGCCUUGCAGUUACCCUCUUCCACGAGAGAAAUGUGCUGCCCCAUCGUGUACAAAUGCAUACAGGUAUCGGGACUCCAAGACUAAACUUCCCUUAUGCAGUCUACAGUGCUAUAGGGCAAGUUCAAGGAAGAUGGUUUCUUCAGGAUAUAGGCAGAUAACUAUGAUAUUUAAAGCCUCUAGAUUACAUCAUGAUUUGAUCUCCGCACUUGGAUUUCAAACAACAACAACAACAAUGACGAUAAUGUUACAUGGAUAUUUUGAAACUUGAAAUGAAGUAUCAGAAGGUUCUAAUUAUGGAGGAAAUAGAAUACCAUGGAGAUAGCUCUGAUGUCAUUUUUCCAAAUAAAAUAUCGAGAAACUUGAAUUUCCAUCCA